AGGCCUGGUGUGGUGGCCACUAGUUGCUCCAAAGUUAACUCAAGAGGAGAAGUGUGAAAGUUCCAGUUCCAACCUUUAGGUCGGUGUGUGUGAUCAAGUCAAGUACCGCACUCUGAGUCACUAAAACAACGAUUCGAGGCAUCAUGAACCACACCAGGACUGACUGGCAAACUUUCCCAGUCGCUCUAGCGGAACUUGAUACACAUUCCCUAUGUGCAGAGCAUCUUUGAAUUCCAACGAAGGCCGCCCAUGUUAAAAGACGGUGCAAAACACACAAAAAAUCCGUACUGCAUGAGUACAAUCAUCCUACCUCUUAAAAGCAUAUAGCACCAUCCAAGUAAACCUGAACAUUAUGGAACCAACUGAGAAUUUCGACCUGAGUGGGAAGCAAAAUUUGCAUCUCAUCCAGUUGGUCGACAAUGGGGAAACUGAAGAGCACCAGAUCCAUUUUGCCACACCUCCGCCACGGGCCUUGACGAGCCCAUCAAUACCGAAAGACACAUUUACUGAAGUAAAACCUCAGGCAGGUCACAAAUGUACCUUGUGCGGCAAAAGUUUGUCGGAUCGAAUGGCUUUCAACCUCCAUAUCAAAAAGCACUUAAAAGAAAAGCUCAAUAAGAAGGCAGAGAAGUUGAAAUUCGCUGAGUCUCUAGCGAAACCCUCAAAAAAGGAACCACCAACCGAAAUACAACCAUCUAAUCUAGUCAGUCCCAUCGCAUGUGUAGCACCCCCUCCACCGCUUCAAACAACACCCAAGGUCUCAACGCCAGCAUGUCAAGCACCCCAAGAACAAUUACAAGUGGACGUAAUGGCCGAGCUAAGGGCGUGUCAACCACUUCCACGUGACUCAGACUUGAUCAAAGACCACAUAUUACAUCCAAGUCCAUCUUUGGCCCAGACUCAAGCAUCCGUCGUCAUUCUUCCACCACCUACCCCUCCGUUGUCGUCGUCGUCGUCGUCGUCUUCCUCGUCCUCCCCUUCUUCCCAGGCCUCGAUUCCAACCAAGAGGAAGGCUGCUACUCUCCUUGUUCCCGUUGACGCUCCGAGUGAUUGUACUCCAGAUAUUUCCGACAUGGAGGAAGAUUUUAUUAACUAUAAUAUGGAACUCAACAGAAUUGAUUUUAAUCAAGACUUAAGCUCCAUCUUAAAUCAAAUCGAACAAGACUUUGGAAAACAAGGCAUGUCGCACCAUCAUCCAUCUGUGGAGACACCGCCGGAUUCGGAUGUAGAAAACACCGACUAUUUGUCCGGAGUCAUUGACGACAUAUCACUCGACAUUGAUACUCCUUUGAUCUCAAACACAAACAACGAUCUCCUUGGCUUUGACAAAUUUAGCAAAAGAAUAAUGCAACAUGAAGGUGAAAACGGGAUCACCACUACCAUCCCGUUAACCAUGGCUGAUCAACCCUGCCCAUCGGCGAUCAUACUCAAUGAACCAAGCAGAGAGCUAAAACGAUCUAGGGCCGAAUAUGACCCAAGAAAGGGAAGAGUAAUCGGAAUUGUUCAAAAUGACAAGAGUCAGCCAAACCAACAACCAUUGACAUUCAUCGACCCGACAAUGCCUCAAAGUGGACAACAAAGUGAGGUCGUUUCCCAACGUUCGAACCCAACUUUCACGGUGGAAGGUGGAACCUCUUUAACCAAUCUGAAUGACCAUCACCCUCUGAUCCGAAGUGCGCUCACAGGUCCUCCUCGAGUGCUUUCUCGAGCCCACGAGCCCACUCCAGACACUUCAACGUCCACGUCAACCCUUCGGGGAAAGCUCAUUCAACAAUCUGCCGCGUCCGUGGAGAGGGUUGGCCACCUGCCAGCCAAGGCUCUAGCCAUUCUGAGCCAGCUACCUCCGAAGCUUUUCCGCUCAAGCGCUGGAUCCCCGUCCAGGCUCGUCAAUGUGGUCAAAGUAGAGAGGUCAAGCUAUCCCGCAGGGGCCAUCUUGAAUUCCUCAGGGAUUGGGAGUAUAUCGUCACCCAACUUUGGAGAAGCUACCGUUGGCCUCCGAAAGUCAGGCAUGAACAUUUCAGGAUCGAACACAACGACGACUUCCUCACCUUUCACGGUCAUCAAUAUUGAAUGCCACGAAACGGGGGAAAAUGGAGAAAUUUCGGGCAAGAUCAUAGAAACCUAUAAAGCCAUUGACACGGGUAGAGAAAUAAAACUAUUGUCGGGAGACCCAUAUGCCCAAGCCGACUCUUCGGCAAUAAAAGCUCCUCAUCCUCAACAACAGCCAACUACCAUGAUCUCGCAAGGGGAAAGGCUCACCCAGUCAAGUUCACCCAUGAAUAAUAUGAGUCUGGAUCAUGGAGUUGCUCUCUCCCCCUCGCCUCUCAACUUCACGAUGGGUUUAAAGGUGCCCAAACACCGGUGUCACGAUUGCAAUUUGUCAUUUUCAACCAAGGAUGAGUUCUUUUUUCAUAUUCGAAACACCCAUCGAUUAUCUUCCAUUGCCAUUCAGCAUGGCAAGGCCGGCAGCCAAUGCAUGGAUCUGGAGGAAAACCCGAAGAAAUUGGCAUUCCCAUGCACCAAGUGCGAACGCUCGUUUCCCCACCGUGUUGCCCUGGUCCGACAUGAACGGAGCAUUCAUGGCCGGGAGAAUGAACUCACCUGCAAGGUGUGUUCCAAGCAAUGCAAAAACAAGCUCAGCUUGAUCAGGCAUCGUUCGAAGCACUUGGCGUGUCUCCACUGCUCAAAGGGCUUCAGCAACAAGGUGGCCUUGCAAGAGCAUCUGUUGCAAAUGCAUCAGGCCUCGGCAAUUCUCAGUGUAGAACGUCCGCUUCGGUCAUGUUCUCCUUCGAGUGCGCCCUCAACGAUGCUCGAGACCUCGAUCACCUCAAAGCGAGGCGAUAACUUUCUUUUCAAUCCGGACGAUUUGUCUGUUGACGAGUCUAUGGACAGCGAUGAUUGCUUCUCAUUGAGCAGUAGAAAUUCAAUCCGCCCCAAGGGUGGAUCGUCUAUUGGGGGCGGGGAUUCCAUGCUUUCUGAAGUUGAAGAAGACGAUAUUUUCAUGCUUGACCAACGCCGAUCGCCGAGCAGCACACUCGGAGAUUCUCUAGCAGAUAUUUCAAAUGCAAACUUCUUCGACAUCACCAACGAAUUAGGCGAUGAAUUUGGUGCCUCGGGAUUAUUCUAAAUUCCUUCCAAGUAACAUUGUCAAUCACAGUUAUAUGGAGCUUGUGCAUGACAUUUGGACAAAAAUUUACUCAUUGAUACCAGAAUUCUUGAUGUACAUAUUUUUAUCCUUCAUUUCCGUUGUGAAAUGCCUUUACACAGAUCUCAAAUACUCUCAAAUACAUUCAAAUAUUUCAAACAUUGGA